ACAGCACGAAGUCGCUUGAAAUAAAGUAAAAAAAAAAAUUCUCGUUUGUUUCCCAUGAUGCACCGCCGAGGGAAAUUCAAUUCAAACUGCGAGAAAUGGAGGCAGCGCUGAGGAAAGAAGGGAAAGAGAGUAAAGUCAUGACUCUCAUUAAAAACAGCGAGCUGACCGGUGGCUGCGGUGAAAGGUUGGUCCAGUGUAGUGACCCGAACAAAGAGACCACUCUCGCGAGUGAACAGGGCAGUUUGUGCUGCGUCCAUUCGGAGAGUCCAGCAGAUUUAGGGGCAGAAGUGUGUCCGCUCUCACCUGCGAGCUCCGGCGGGGUUACAGUGAACGGUGAUGAGAUCCAGCUGCCGGCUGCUGAUGGAAAUGAAGAAUCAGAGCAAGCGGAGGGCGAGGAGGAGGAGGAGAACUGCAGCAGCUCUGCAGGAGUUUCUGGGUCAUCAGCAGAGAGUCGACUGGAAACAAGCUACCCUGCAUACAGAUGCUCCACUCCCUCCUUUGGCCAGGCAGGAGGAUUCUGAAUGUAGGACGACGUCUGCCUGGCAGGCUACAUGUGAUGACGAGGAGAUUGCAAGAAAAGGCAGAGAGGAAGGACGCAUGGACGUGGUGUUUCCCGGGAGCGUGACGCAAGACGGCUGCUGUAGGUUCGUCUGUGAGCUUCUCAAGUGUGUCCUGUAUCAGCGACAACAGCUGCCCAUGACCUAUGACCAGAUGGUGUUCUUCCAAAAACAGCAGCACACAUCUGUACAGUCUGAGGAAGCCGUAGUCAAGAAAGCUACCAAAAUGUCUGGAGGCCUGAAUUGGCAACGAUGCCAGCGGACACUGCAGGAGCUAGACGACGUGCUGGGUAAUCUAGAGGCUCUUUUCUCCCUCAGCCACGUGCCACGAGUGCUCUUCAUGCUGGGCGGAUCUACAGUCCUUCCCACUGAGCUGUAUGAGGUCAACAUGGAGGCUUUGGUCGUGGGAGGUGGCGAGAGGACUUUGAGGACGUCUUCAUGUCUGAGGCAGCUUUUCCGCACUCUGUUUGUGGCCGACUUGUUAUCUGACGUAAAACCCGUGCGCCUCAUGGCCACUACAGUCAUGGCCCUUGCCCACCGGGACUGUGGCGUAGCAUGGUUUAAGCCAAAGGUUGACUUCAAAGUUCCCACAAGGGUGAAGAAGCAAGUCAUUUCAUUAGCCUGCGACACUUCAUUAAGUGGGCAGUCAAAGGCAGCCACCAGAGACUGGGAAGAUUAUAUAUGGUUUCAGGCUCCAGUGACUGUAAAGGGCUUCUGUAAAUGACAGGGAACUCGAUGGAAGCCCAUCAUUUUUAAUAGAAAAGGUGCUUUGGAGUGAUACCACAGAAGAACCACUUUUCGUUCCCUAAACCUUUCAACGGGUGGGUCUUUUAGAGAAAUGUUUUGGUAAAUGAUGUGAAGGUAGAGAACCUUUUUGAAGAUUAAAGAAUCUCCACAUAUGUAAAGGUUCUAUACCAUUUGAAGGGUUUAUCCAAGAACACUGACAUUAUAUGGAGGUUUUUCAGACUUUAAAAGGGUUUGUAACACUCACACAAAUUUACUAAAAUGAUUCUUAAAAAAACAUUCAAAAGUGGUUCUUGUGGAAUCACACCUCUGUUUUUAAGAGUGUAUGCAUGGUAUACAAUAAGGGUUCAGGGCUCCACCAUAUAACACCUAACUCCAUCCUCAGGGAUUUCAUUUGAGUCAGUUUUACACGCUUCAUUCAGGAACUGAAUUUAAUCAAACUAUUAAUUCACCUCAGGUGACGAACACUCAGUAUGAACGUCAUUUACUUUUGUCAUUUCAUUUUAGUUACAUUUUAUUAUGAAGAAAUACAUAACAUGGAUGGAUGCAUUUUCAAUAUGUUCAUCUUCCCAUUUAAAAAAAAAAAGAAAUUAUGUGGUCAGCAAAACUGAAUUAUUUCUCAAUGAAUUCCCUCAGUUUUGAUUUUAUACUGAUUGUUUGACUUUUAUACAUGUGUCAAGUAUCAUCUGUCUCUUUCAUUUUCUAUUAAAUUGUUUUUGAAAGACAAAGUACUAAAAUCUGGUUAUAUAGAUUUAUCAGUUGUGCACAAUAAGCCAUAUUUUUACAUCAUUACACAACAUGUCCAAAAGUGUACAGACCCUCUUAGUAAUUGAUUAAUGAAUUCAGCAAUUCUGAACACUCAACCAAAAAAAACAAUUUUUACUACUCAUUUAUUUUAUUAACAUGGUUUGAUCUGGUAUGUAAACACUGUCAAAAUGUCAACUUUGGCAUUCCCUCCCCAGCAUAUACAGUACUUAUAUGGAAACAAAGCCGCAAAAACAGCCUGUUUUGAAUAGUCCCCUUUUGUGAGGUCACAAAAAAACAAGCGUUUAGAUAUGUUUAAUUAUUCACACAGCGGUUUAGCUCAACCUAUUCAUGUUGAAGUUCUAAGCAGUAUUUCAAUGCUGACUGCUUUUUAUAAAAAAGGCAAAAUAGAGCAGCCAAUCAGAACAAAGAUCACGUACAUAUAACAGUCUUAAAGACAAGAGUAACAAAAACAACCUGUUUAGUGAAUCUAGUUAGUUAUCUAAGGAUAAAGAGGGGCUGAAAAACGGUCAAGUAAAAAAAAGGAACUGUGUGCUUUUCAUACAAAAAAAAUUAAUAAAAAAAUACACAAAACAGAAAA